UUGCUUCCCGCAUAGCGUUUUGGCUACCAGGCCAAAAUUGAUUCAGUGACGGUUGUCAAACUUAAUUUGACAAAACAAAGUCGCCUGUAUCUAAGUUAGCCGAGCGUUUUCAUCUUCUCACCUUCGCUGAAAAUGUCAAAGAUUUCAAUGUGGAAAAAUCAGCCCGGUGGCAAGGAUAGGGCGCUCCAGCAAGUGCUAGCGUGGCCAACAUCUGGGGCAUUUGGUGGGCAAUCAGAGCGCUCAAAGUACGGUAAACAAACAUUCGAGCAUUUCAAUUCGAGUAAAAUCUUAAUUUCCUUAUCGUAGUGAUGAUAUUCUGAUCGAUAAUUUGCGGGGAAGUGCUUUAAAGGAAUGAUGCUGGCCACAGCUUCAUGACGUCAUAGCAGAGGGCUGGGAAAAAUGCUGGUGGAUGCGGUUGUAUCGUUUGAGUUGUAUAUCUGGCAGCGGUGAGGCAGUCGGUCACCAGAAUGGCUGCCAGCCAUAUUUUGCCCGCUGGCAGCGUUUAGUCAGCCGGUUGGCAGCCAUGCAUAUGCGGGUUUUAGCUCCACUCUUCGCACUACUCUCAGUAUAACUGAGACUCUGGUAAACAUUAGUGCUGGAAAUUCAAAUUUAAGCUUAGAUGUGACAAUAAAAAAACAUAAUAAAUCGCCGAUUUAUUUAAGGAUCAAACCAGAAACGCUUGAAAAAAAGUCAACAACAUGCAAGCCAAUGAAAGUUUAGAAAAAAAGCCAACCGGUCACAUAAACGAAAUAUUCCAAGGUGAAAAGGCAUUUUACGAUGCGCAAGAUGUCAAGAAAGAACCAUCAAAUGAACCAGUAGUCAAUUCUCCGAAGGAAUACCAUUGCCAUAUAUGUGGCAAACAAUUCGUCCGGAAACAUUGUUUUGUAAAACACACAUUAAAACACGAGGGCGACGAGAAACCGUUCACUUGUGACCUUUGCGGUAGAAAAUAUUCAUUCAAGAGUGUCCUAAGAAAGCAUAUGGUGGUUCAUUCCAGUAUCAAACCGUACAAAUGCACCGUUUGCGGGAGAAGUUUCAGUUGCAAAAAAGGAUUAACUGGACACAUGACUACUCACACGGGUAAUCCCUAUAGGUGUGAUGUUUGUGGAAAAGACUACCAGACGGAAUCAAACUUGAAGAAGCACGAACGCAUUCAUACAAGUACCUCUCAACUUGGUCUCACCGGAGACAUGCCUUCCGGCACGGGCAAGUAUCGCUAUAAUUGUGGCCAAUGUGGGAAAGGAUUUCAGUAUCGUUCAAUCAUGAAGAAGCACGAAUUCAUGCAUACUAGCGUUCGCCCGUUCAUAUGCAUCUUAUGUGAUAAAGGUUUUAUUUAUAAAUGUCAACUAGAGGUACAUAUGCGUGGUCAUACAGGUGAGCGACCGUACAAAUGCACAAUAUGCGGAAAAGACUUCAUCAGCAACGCUCAUCGAACGCUUCACAUGUAUAUUCAUAAUGGUGAGUACAGGCAUAAGUGUGACAUUUGCGGCAAAGGAUUUCGCAGUACAUCACACUUGAAAGUACACGGAUAUAUUCAUACCGGAGAGCGACCUCACAAAUGCACCAUCUGUGAGAAAACAUUCAAUCGCGGAGAAAAUUUGAUUGGACAUAUGAAGACUCAUCGGGACCUUGCCACCAGCCAUACUCUUAUUGGACAUGAGUCUAUUGGCACCGGUGAUUUUCAGUUCAAGCGUGAAUUGUGUGGCAAUGAAUUCACCGGGGGCGCAGUUUUUAAGAUUCCCGAGCACAUCUAUACUGAUGAACAACAGUACAAAUAAUGGACAAUAUGCGGAAAAGAUUUUCCCACCAAAACGUACUCAUGGAACCGAGCAUCUUCAUAAAUGUGAUGCCUUUGAGAGAUAUGAACGCAAUGACAAAGGUACUGUAAAUGAGGCUUUCGGCAGGCAAAAAUUACUUCGAGAAACACCAGCGCAAUCGUUCAGGUGAUUGGUUGUAUAACAGCCACCGUAUAUGCGUAGAGAAUCAAUUCUAAUAUACUCAAAGUGGGGUAAAGAAUUCAACAACAGAUCACACUUGAUAGAGCACGAAUACACACUUACAGAGGAGAGUGGUCUCAUAAAUAGACCAUGUGUAACCAGGAUUAGACAAACUAUUUAACUAGACACAUUGAGUCAAGACGAGCAACGAAGGAUGCUCAACGUCCUCUAUAAUUUACUAUCUUGAGCUCAUGUGUAGCAAAAUUAUUGUAAACGUAAAAAUAGUAACAAAUGAUGUAACAACAAUAGCAGCUUUUGGUAGUAUUGCGUUUGAUAUUUAAACAUGAUUGCUAUUAAAAAUGUACAUUUCGUGUCAUAUUUGCAUAAAGAAUCAUAUUAUAAUAAGUAGAAUGGUUUAUAAAAGUAACCGAAAAGCAAUUUGUAGUCUGUAUCCAGAAUAAAAACAACCAGGAUAAACUAAUAAAUCUUGAUGAAUUUGUUCUGUGGUAGUUUCACCAAAUACAAAUAAUAAUACCACUAGGUCCCAUACAUUCGGAGCGGAUAAAUAACGGAGAGCGGAAUUAAAUUAAACUGCGGAACUCGUUAUAAUGUCGAAAAUGAGCUAUAUAUUUCUGGUCUUCGAACCCCACAUGGCAUACAAUUCACAAUUAUACAUGAAAACUUAAUUUGGUUACCAUCUACCAUACAAAUUUGAUUGUUCGCUUAAAAUGGAUAUACCAGUGAUUUCCAAAUUGAUCCCUUUAACCCACCAGUGCGCGACAAUACAUGGUAAGGCGAAAGACGUUUCGUUGCACUGCCGCAG